AAAGUGAGGAGGCUGCGCUGGUGGAGCAGCACUGACACUGAGACACUGAGAACUCUGCAUCAAUCUCCGAGGACGAGCACAGAAACACUUUGCGAAGGAGAUACACUGGAUAUUUUUCACCCUCCUGGAGGAUUAUUCAUUUUUGAUAAAUACUUUUGUUUUAAAAAAGCCUACAAAAAUGGAUGUAUACAUUUUGAUUUCCGUUGUGUCAAUGAUGCACUCCUGGACUUUCAGCGCAGUGCUAUCAGCUCCAGCUGCACAGACACCCUCCGCCGACUCGCAGAGGCGCCAUGUGCGGACCAAACGCUGCUCCUGCGCCACUUUCAUGGACAACGAGUGCGUGUACUUCUGCCACCUGGACAUCAUCUGGGUCAACACUCCUGAGCGCGUGGUUUCAUACGGACUGGGCAACAACGGUCCCAGGAAGAGGCGCGCGGUCGCGGAAUCCAUAGCAACCAGCAGCGGACCCCUGCGCUGCAGGUGUGUCAAUCAAAACGACGACACGUGUAGAAACUUCUGCGGACUGGAAAACCUCCUCAGGUCUGAAGCCUCCCUCACGGAGACUCUCCCCGCAGAGCGCGAUGCUUGUGUCGGGCCGCAGUGCGAGCCCCGGCUGGCGGCAGACACCGGGCGGAUUACACGGAUGAGGAAAAGAAACAAUAAGAAACGGGUGUCGCCUCUAGCCAUCAGGUCUGCCCUCAAAACACGUCUGCUGCUGGAGAAGUGGAGGGUGAGACAGCACCACAGGGGGAGAACCUGGGAAGGGGAGAGCAGGGCCCCCUAAACACCACAGACCCUCCUCCGCACCAGAGGGGAAAAAGGGUUCCCAACUCUAAAGCCAGUGGAUGACAAUGAAGAGCCCAAAGAGGGUCGAAGACAGUUCUCUUCGUGGUGCCAGAGCAGAGACAUUUCUCUAUCAGUGGCGCUUCGUCAGACAGAUGAACGAGGUCAGAGACAAUACAGGGAGUUCAAGAGAAAGAAGAGAAGCGGACGGAGAAAUCAAUGAUAUUCAUUGAUUGUAUUGCUGUCACGGUCACUCCUUCAAAACCUUAUCAAAUAGCAUUUCAACUGAGUCAGAAUCACUGCUGUCCUGCUCAUUGUACUCCACAAUGCAAUCAUACAGUUGCAAUAACAGGUUAUUACGCCUACAUAGAAGGGAUUAUGUGACUUGACACUUUUUCACCGACUGAAACUAUUCAGUGCCUUUGCGUAACAGGUAGUCUCCUGCCUGCCAGGUCUUUGUAGCUGUGAAGUGCAGUAGCUGCUGGGAGUCUUUCAUGCUCAUGUUAUCGGAUUUCUAUACAUGUCAUAAUUUAAAUAUUUUUCACGACAUACAUUCUAUUUAUUUAUUAUUUUCUACACAUUGCAAUGGGAUUGCCAUGUUGGCACGUCACAUGUUCCGGUUUGUCAUUUCUGUGAAAUGUUUUGUCAUUGAGGUGCCAAAUAUUGGCAAAUUUACACAAUUUUGUAAAAUAAAUACUUAUUUAAAAAAA